GGCCUCGUCUUGAUGGCGGACGAGGUGUACCAGGAGAACGUGCUGACCCAGCACCCGUUCAAGUCCGUGUCUAGCAUCGCGCACGAGAGCGGCAUCGACGUGGAGCUGGCGUCCAUGCACUCCCUGUCCAAAGGUUUCUUGGGCGAGUGUGGUGUUCGUGGCGGCUACCUCGUCCUCGAGAACUUCGACGAGGAAGUUCUGCAGCAGUUCGUCAAGAUCAAGUCCAUCGAGUUGUGUUCCAACACCAUCGGUCAGCUGUCCGUGGGCCUCAUGGUGCGGCCGCCCACGGCAGACGCCGCCCCGCGCUACGAGCAGGAGAAGAGGGCGGUGCUCGAGGAGCUGAGGGCCAAGGCGGGCAUCCUCACCGAGACGCUGCGCCAGCUCGAGGGAAUCACGAUGCCCGCCAUCGGUGGUGCGAUGUACGCGUUCCCGCAGGUCAGACUGCCGAGGAAGGCCAUCGCCGAGGCGGAGGAGAAGGGCGUGCCGCCAGACGAGUACUACUGCGUGCAGGCGCUCCAGCAGACGGGGCUCGUGGUGGUGCCCGGCUCCGGCUUCAGGCAGGCGGAAGGCACUUUCCACUUCCGCACCACGUUCUUGCCCACCAGGGCGGCGAUGCAGGAUGCUCUCUCCAGAUUUGCAGAGUUCCACAAGGCGUUCAUGGCGAAGUACGCGGCGUAG